CGAGACGCGUGCUUGGUGGCGAAUCGAGCGCCGCGCCUUUUGUCGACGACGAGAAAAAAGUUUCUCGACAUGAAAACGAAAUACAUCAAGCGGAUUGUCGAGGCCUACGUGAAUGCAUCAAGCACAGCUUGGAACUGGAGCCCAACUUUGCGAAGACUGUUCGGGCAACAAUAAUGAGGGAGCGAUAUGUUGGCUAUGGGCUGGAAUUUGUACAGCGUGGAGAUUAUGUGCAACUGGUUGUCCUUGCUCCAGGAAGUUAUGCUCAUCUAAGAGGAAAACUUCAGCCAGGAGACGUGUUGUUCAAGGUGGAGGGUUUCCGAAUGCUGGGCUACACAAGCACGCUCGUCUCUGAUUUGUUGGAAGCAGUGAAUAUUGGGCGUGUUAUAUCCAUCACAAUCUAUCGCAACUUCAUCUCACUUAUAUCCAUGAAAAAUUGCAUCCGCAUCGCGAGGAGGACCACCGCCACUGCUCCGGAUGCUAGCCUGGUGAUCAAAGGCAGUGCGUAUCCACAGCGCAGGCAGCCCUGCGACCCGCUGCUGCAGGUCUCCGCAAGGGCGCUGCACACGCUGAAUGUCGGCUCAUCGCUGCACAGCCACGUAGUACUGCAAAAGAACACGCAUGCAGACCAGGAGCAGGAGGAGCGGCUGAGAAUAGACAUGCAGGAGCACCAUGAUUAUUUGCAGCAGCUGCAACAACAACAACAGCCGCAGAAGACAAUCAGGCUUGAGUUUAUGCGCAUCGGCAAAGAGGGGAUUGCGGAGAUCAUCAUACCUGAGUGCCAGGCGGAGUUGAUUAAGGGCAGGUGUGUGGAGCAGGAGACGGCACAGGAGCCGGUUGCAGGGCAGAGCCAGAAGAAAGGCCUCUGGCAGCGAAUCAAAGCGUACGCAGUGAGACAUCUGUAGAGGUUGCA